AUGAGUUUUUCGACAAUUAAUGGUCAAUCUGAUUCAACUAGUGAAAGUAACGAAUCUGAAAUAUAUCGAUCACGACGUCAAAUUAAUCAAGAUAACUAUAUAGAAACAUGCAAAGAUGAAUGUGUUAAAUCACAGAUUAGUGCAGUAAUUGAACAUAUAUAUACAUUAAAAGAACUACAUAAAAUGUGUAGUAUAGGUUGUCAAAAAGAAAUCGAAAAUAUUUAUGAAAAUAAUAAACAAACAAAACAACAAAAAAUACAAGAUAUUGAUUAUUCAUUAAAAUCUAUUACAUCGGGAAAAGUUGACUGUGAAAUAAAAUGUCUUGCUAAUAAAGAUAAUAAUAAUUUGUUACAAUUAAAAAAACGAAAAGAAUUUUGUCGAAACAAAUGUUCAAUUUACUAA